AUGGCAGAGCCGGGCCCGGAGCCGGGGAGCGCUUGGCGGCUGCUGGCCCUGUGCGGGGCUGCGGUGUUUCUGGCGGCUGCCGCGGCCGGAGGGGCGCUGGUGGCCUGGAACCUGGCUGCCUCGACGGCCCGGGGUACCAGCUGCCCUGAGCCCGAGCAGGUGAACGCAACGGUGUGGCCCCCAGACUCAGCGCCUGAGAUCGAAGAACUUAGGCGGCGGUUGGCCGAGGCUGAGCAGCGCCAGGAGAGCCUGGCCGGGUGGCUGCAGCGCGCCGAGGGCGACAGGAGGGAGCUGGAGGUGGCGCUCAAGGCCUGCAAGGACCGCCAGAGCCGGCUUCAGACCCAGCUGAAGACCCUGAGGAUUGAGAUGGAUGAGGCCAAAGCCCAAGGCACGCAGAUAGGGCUACAGAAUGGAGAACUGACAGAAGCCUUGGCGCGUUGGGAGGCUGCAGCCACUGAGUCCAAGCAACAGCUGGAAGCGGCAAUACAGCGCGCAGGCGCAGCAGAGGCAGAAGGCGAAGCUUGCGUUGGCCGGGAGGUGGCGCUUAGGGAGCACAUGUGA